GGGUCGCUACAGUUGUGUUUUCACAGGUACCAAGUCACACACGACGUGCACAUACAACAGUUCCCCACUACCCCAGCUGCCGGCUCCACCCGUCCCCACCAUGACCAGCACCGAAGCCCGACACGUCUCCUGCUACCACCUGGGCCCAGACUUUGACUGGUGGCGCUGUAACGAAGAGGGCUAUGUGGGCCGCCCUCCCUCCCCCUUCCCCGCCUCCUUCGAGCACGCCCGCAUGUACCGAGACGACAGCGCCGAUGUGACCUACGGCCGACGCGGAUGUGGUGAUGGCGUCGGUCAGGCCAAUCCUGCAAACGAUUGUGAUGAGGCAACACGCAGGCUGUACUGGCCGCUGUGCCAGGGGCCGGAACUCGUCAUCCCAACCUCACCCGACCCAGGGGCAGCAGAUACCUCAGGGCAGAAAAAAGGUGCCCUCAAAAGUCCAAGACGUUCGCAUAAACGCCCGCCCUGGGUGCCGGCAAAGAUGCCCAACAAAUGGGGCGUGGCUGGACACCCCCCACCCUACACCAACUACUGCAAGGAAACAAUGUUCAACACUAGGACAGCUGACCCUUCUAAAGUCACCAUCAAGACAACAUUUUAACCUAAACACCAGGACAGCUGACCUAAAGUCACCAUCAAGACAACAUUUUAACCUAAACACCAGGACAGCUGACCCUUCUAAAGUCACCAUCAAGACAACAUUUUUACCUAAACACCAGGACAGCUGACCUAAAGUCACCAUCAAGACAACAUUUUAACCUAAACACAAGACCUAAAGUCACCAUCAAGACAACAUUUUAACCUAAACACCAGGGCAGCUGACCUAAAGUCACCAUCAAGACAACAUUUUAACCUAAACACCAGGACAGCUGACCACUCUAAAGUCACCAUCAAGACAACAUUUUAACCUAAACACCAGGACAGCUGACCUAAAGUCUCCAUCAAGACAACAUUUUAACCUAAACACCAGACCUAAAGUCUCCAUCAAGACAACAUUUUAACCUAAACACCAGGACAGCUGACCUAAAGUCACCAUCAAGACAACAUUUUAACCUAAACACCAGGACAGCUGACCUAAAGUCACCAUCAAGAUAACAUUUUAACCUAAACACCAGGACAGCUGACCUAAAGUCACCAUCAAGAUAACAUUUUCACCUAAACACCAGGACAGCUGACCUAAAGUCACCAUCAAGAUAACAUUUUAACCCAAACACUAGGACAGCUGACCCUUCUAAAGUCACCAUCAAGACAACAUUUUAACCUAAACACCAGGACAGCUGACCACUCUAAAGUGACCAUCAAGACAACAUUUUAACCUAAACACCAGACCUAAAGUCACCAUCAAGACAACAUUUUAACCUAAACACCAGGACAACUGACCCCUCUCACCACUAACACCAUAUUUUAUUCUCAGUUGCUGAUGAAGUUUUUGAAGUGUUGAAGGGAAGUUGAUCAAAUAAACCUGAAUGACCGAACUUUUUGACAGAAAACCACAUAAAAUAUAUGUGUAAAAAAAUAGUUGACCAUUAUAGAAUACAUAUUUAUACUUUGGAAACUUAUACAUCAAUAUUUAUCAUACACUGUGUUGUACAUUUUAGUCUGUCUCUCAUCAUCCGAUUAUUUAAUGAACAGAUUAGCCAUUAGUGUAGGCUUUAAUCGAUAUUUGUUCAUUUUCAACCCUCAUGUAUUAUAUCUUGUUAACAUAAUUGCAUCUACCUAUAGUAGGCCUAUGUUUUCAAAGUGGAAAAUAAAGUGACUGAAAUUUAA